GCUGUUCUGCAGCCCCCAGAAGUGCCUGUUCCUCACAGCACACGGUUCGCAGCCAGUCACCGAGACUUCCUGCAGCACACCCCGACGCCGCAGCCCAUCGUGCAGGGACUGUCUGUGGUCGCUGGAGCUCCCGCUCCGACGGCCCCGAGUGCCGCUGAGCCCCUGCCAGCUGUGGUUCAGACUGUGCCUGUCGGUGCCAACUCCGUUCUGACCAGUAACCCCACUAUCACCAUCACUCCUUCCCCCAGCACGGCCAUCCUGCAGUCCAGCAUCGUCAUGGGAGAGCAGAACCUACAGUGGAUCUUGAAUGGUGCCGCUGGUUCUUCACAGAGCCAAGAGCAGAUGCCACAAGUUCCAAAAGUCGUAGAAAAGGUGUUUUUCACCACUGCAUUGCCAGUAGCUGGUAACACAGGAAGCCCUGUGCAGCAGAUUGGUCUCAGCGUUCCUGUCAUCAUCAUAAAGCAGGAGGAGGCCUGCCAGUGCCAGUGUGCCUGCCGAGACUCUGCCAAGGACAAAGCCACCACCACCGUAAAGAAGGAAUGUUCCUCACCUGACUCGAAAGCUCUGGAGCAGCCAGCUCCCCAGCAUCAGCCUCAGACCUUUCCUUCCUCCUCUGCUCCUCCUCCCUGUGGGCAGAGCAGUCAGAUAGUUAACCCUUCAGACUCGCAGACUGAAGCGCUAAGUGCCAUGGAUGUCUCGGACUUCCUGUCCCUGCAGAGCCCGGACACCCCUUCUGACAUGAUUCCAAUCGAAGCACUACUGCAGGGCGAGGAAGAAAUUGGCUUGAAUAGCAGCUUCUCUAAGUGAAGAUGUUCCAGAUUUUCCUUUGCACCUGGAGGGUAAGACCCUUCUUAGAAGCAGAAACUGAAGGAUCGAUGCUUAUUCCUUCCUCUUUGGAAGUUUUGUGGCUUAUUUCUGCUUCACAGAUGUCAUCUUAGUCACGUCCCAGGUACAUCCACCUUUGAGAUUCUAUCUAAAAAAAAGAAAAGG